AUGUGGGAGUGGCGUAGUCGGCUGUUGCGCGCGCAGCAGUUCCGCCGUCAGCGAAGUCGAUCCCGCCGGUACAAGCCCCGGAUAGAGGCUGGAUUACCGCUUUCACUGCUAAAUGCGGCCCAGAACAAACCUAUGUUGGUCGAGCUUAAGAACGGAGAGACGUUUAACGGUCACUUGGUCAACUGCGACAACUUCAUGAACAUCACACUCCGGGAGGCAUACCAAACGAGCGCAGAGGGUGAUCGAUUUUGGAAGUUGAAAGAAUGCUAUAUUCGGGGGAGCACGAUCAAAUAUCUGCGAGUACCUGACACGCUCCUGGACGCCGUCAAAGAUGAGCAAAACCGCGCAAGGGAAGCGGGCCGCAGUGCGAGAGGCUCCCAUGUUUCCGGACAGGGACCGAGGGGGCGUGGUGGACCACCGCGAGGUCGUGGGGCACCGCGCGGCGGCCCGAUGCGCGGCGGCCGCGGACGAGGCAGGGGGAUGUGA